GCCUUCUCAUUCCCUUAACCCUCGUAUACACAGCCAGCCCGAAAAUGCCUAUCAGCAAAACUACACAGCAAAACCUGCGUACCGCCCGGCGCAUUCAGCUCGCCAUGGCCCUCGGAUACUCUGGGCUCGGAGCAUGGUGCCUCCUCCACCCAACCUCCGCAAUCCGCCUCAGCCUCAGCCCGCAAUACAUCACCCUCGACCGCGCCCCAGUCCUCAUCAUGCGAUGUUUCGGAGCGCAAGCGAUGACAUGCGGCCUUCUCCUUGGCGUCGCCGACAUGACCCGGAAGAGCUUUCUGGCGUUUGGAGCGGCGAUGGUUCCGUAUCUGGGCUUUAAUGCUUGGUUUGGGGUGGGACCGGGACGGGGGGUGUUUACGCCGUGGCUUUGGUUGGAUUUUGUGGGAAAUGUUGGAUUCUUUGUUGGGUCGCUGUGGUGUGCGCGUUUGAUUGGGGAGGCGGAAGAUGUGCAGAAGAAGGAGUGA